CUACAUAGGGCGCAAAAUAAAAGUACAUCAUCACUUCGUAGGGAUCUACAUGUAUGCUAAGGACGCCAUUUUGGAUUCGGCCGGUGUUAGCAGGCGCUAGAGCGCGGGGGAUUGAAAACAUCGAAUGCACCUUUUUAACGUCUCCAUUACUUUUGAAGAGGAGAAAAUUCGUCAGAAUGUCCCGACCCAUGGGAGAGAGUCAUAAGCGAUUCUUACAGACCAUGAUGAGUAACGGUAUAAUCAGUACGAGUCAAGCCAAAGCACUUCAUCGCCAUUGCUGUGAGACUCAUGGAGCUCAUUUUGCGCCCGAUAGGUUGGAGGAAUUCAUCGACGUGAUCAAUACUAAUCUUCAGCCAAUGUUCAUGCACAUUAGAAAAGGGACUUCAGAAGAGGAUGGAGCACAACACUAUGCCUUGGUGAACAUGGCCGAAACGGACAUUACGAGAAUGUCUUCUGAUUAUGCUGACAAUGAGCUUGAACUGUUCCGGAAAACAAUGGAUCUGAUUUUAGACUCUGAGAACGGCACUGCCUCAUCCACUGAUCUUCUGAAUUGUGCCGAUCGUCUCCAGACAAAGAAAAUGAAAAAGAAAGAGACAGAGCAUGUGCUGAAUAAGUUUGUGCAGGAUAAAUGGUUAAACGAGAAACAAGGCGAAUACACCUUAAGCACUCGCUGCAUUAUAGAGAUGGAGCAGUAUAUACGUUCAGUUUACCCAGACCUCGUCAGAAUGUGCCACGUGUGCCACAACAUCGUCCUACAGGGCCAAGUAUGUGAAAACCCUGAUUGUGGCAUCAAGAUACAUUAUUACUGCGUGGCCAGAUAUUUCAAAGGACGUAUCAAUCCACACUGCCCUUCCUGCAAUGACUUCUGGGCUCAUGAGAUUCCAGAAAUCCAGCCUGAAUCCCAAAGCCAGUCUUCAUCUACGAGAGAGUCGGCUGCUCCUACACCCUCCACAUCCUCCACACGCCGCUCCAGAAGGCAUUAACGUUUUGAGACUCAGUGCAUCCUGAUAGCAAGAUUUGAGAUAUGUAGAUUUCAGUGUGAUUACAGUUCAACUGAUUAUAUUUUUUUAUAAAAGGAUUGUACAAGAAAACAGUUACUUCUAGUUGUUGAAAGACAAAGAGUUUGAUUGUGAAUUCUGAACUAAACAAUAGAAGUAACUGCUGAUGAAAUUCUUUAGAAAUAUUUAGAAUAGUAAAAUAUUGGAUUAUAAUAAAUUUAUGCUCGUUGAGUUCCUUUUGUUACUUAUUUGUGUAAUAUAGUUUUGAUCAAAUAUAUAAAAUAAAAACAAAUAAAAUUAAAAUAAAAAUAAAAAAACAUUUUUUAAA